AUGAUUACCAACAGCUUCAAGCCAUUAACCGGUUCUGUGAACUUUUGCCGACCAUUGCACACUAGUAGGAUUUUAUGGGACGAUCUAGACGCUGUUCACAUCAAGAAUACCAAUCGAUUUCGUCAGCUUCUUGUAGAGAAGGGUGAGUUUGCUCCCCAGCAAGCAAAUACGCUAGUGGAUAUAAUGUCAGAAGCAUUGAAAGGCGGAGUGACGCAUGUUUCGCAAGACUUAGCCUCGAGGCAAAGGCUAAUACAACUGGUAUAUCAGCAACGAGUGGAUUUUGCGAAAUUGAGAGACCAGCUACUUUCUGCCGACCGCAGCGAGUUCUACUCGAUUCAGAGUGAGCACGAAGGGAUACGCAAUGACCUGGAGAAAAUGCGUACUAAGCUCAGGGAGGAAAUAACCAAGGCUAACGCGGGUUUCAAAUUGGAUCUGUCGUUGGAAAAAGGGAGAAUAAGGGAAGAGUCAAGCCACCAUGACAUGCAGAUUAAGGAAAUUGAUACUCGGAUUGACCAGGAGGUGAGCAAUAUGAAAAUGCAAAUUGACUCUGUGAAAACCCAGGUUAUGCAGUGGCUAAUCGGGGUGUGCACAGGUACGUUUGCACUAGUACUUGCGUAUGUGCGGUUACUGUCGUAA